AAAAUUUUAUUGAAAUGAUAAUUAAUAGUAAUAACUCAAAGAAAAUGGAAACAUGAAAAUAAUUUAAAUUUACUUUGUUUUUUUGGGGGUGUAGGGAAGAUAUUGGAGAGUAUGCCGGCUCAACAUCUACCUUACAUGGUGCCUUUGAGUAAUAUGCCAGCAUCCGAACCUCAUUAUAGAGAAGAUUCUCCUCCAAAUUGCAAAAACUCUCGCUUAUCACCUCCCAUGCAAGAAUCCAUCCUUCAGCAAUCGGAAGAAUGUCUGCAAUCUUCGGUUGUGGAUAGCAUGUCGCAGUUACCGUCCGACAAUAUUAUAGGGAAUCCAAAGGUUAUAUUGCCACCGAAUAUGACCACAACAAUUCUAACACUUGCAGCUUUGGGUACCAAAGUUACAGCCAGUCCUGCUUCUACUAAAGCAGGUAGCACUCCAGGCACUCCAUCAUCCCCACAAGAGACAUCUAAUCAGAAAUUAUUAAUAAAUGCGAGUAAUGCUAUUAAAGAUCAGAAACCUGUACCGAUUGAUUAUUCUCGUUACGUCAAAAGAUUUUCAAGUGCUCUGGAAUGUGGCAGCAAUUAUUGUAAAGACUUAAAUUAUAGGGAACAUUUUCAUUGCUUGGACUGUAAUUCCAAAGUAUUUGUAAAGAAGGAAGAGAUGAUUCGUCACUUUAAAUGGCACAAGAAAAGAGAUGAAUCUUUACAACAUGGCUUUAUGCGUUAUAGUCCUAUGGAUGAUUGUUCUGACAAAUUUUCAAACUGUACUCAUAAUAGAAAGCAAACACAUUACCAUUGCUUAAAAUUUCAGGUUAUAUUGCCACCGAAUAUGACCACAACAAUUCUAACACUUGCAGCUUUGGGUACCAAAGUUACAGCCAGUCCUGCUUCUACUAAAGCAGGUAGCACUCCAGGCACUCCAUCAUCCCCACAAGAGACAUCUAAUCAGAAAUUAUUAAUAAAUGCGAGUAAUGCUAUUAAAGAUCAGAAACCUGUACCGAUUGAUUAUUCUCGUUACGUCAAAAGAUUUUCAAGUGCUCUGGAAUGUGGCAGCAAUUAUUGUAAAGACUUAAAUUAUAGGGAACAUUUUCAUUGCUUGGACUGUAAUUCCAAAGUAUUUGUAAAGAAGGAAGAGAUGAUUCGUCACUUUAAAUGGCACAAGAAAAGAGAUGAAUCUUUACAACAUGGCUUUAUGCGUUAUAGUCCUAUGGAUGAUUGUUCUGACAAAUUUUCAAACUGUACUCAUAAUAGAAAGCAAACACAUUACCAUUGCUUAAAAGAAGGAUGUGAUAGAGUGUAUGUCAGUACAUCAGAUGUACAAAUGCACGCUAAUUAUCAUCGAAAAGUUUCUGCAAUUAUCCAAGAAGGUUUUCAGAGGUUUAGAGCAACUGAAGAUUGUGCAUCCAAAGAAUGUUCUUUUUAUGGUCAAAGAACAACACAUUUUCAUUGUCGUAGACCUGGCUGUAGUUUUACAUUUAAAAAUAAAGCUGAUAUGGAAAAACACAAGACUUAUCAUAUCAAGGAUGAACAAUUGAAUAAAGAUGGGUUCAAAAAGUUCAUGAAACAGGAACAUUGUACAUUUGAAAAUUGUAGAUUCUCAAAAGUUUGCAAUCAUAUACAUUGUAUACGACCAGGUGAAUAUGGUGUCAAUGAUAUUUGUAAAUCUGAAUGUGAAUAUAUUUGUAAGGAGCAUUAUCAUUGCAAGACAGAUAAUUGUAAUAUGGUGUUUAAAGGGAAAGAUAUUUUAGGAGUUCAAGAGCAUGCAAGGACUGGAUUUGCAAAAGAAGGAUGCACUGAAGUCAUUAGCAGUAAUGACAAACCCUUUCGAAGAUUGGACCAUUAUAAAAUUCAUGAAUAUUCUCGCAAAAUAAAUUUUUCUCAUGAUCAAUCUCCACUAUCAAUGUCUUCUUCCAUUGAUGGUGUAUUUAAGAGAAAACGAGGCCGACCUCCAAAAAAUAGAAUCAUUGAAUUUCCUAUGUCGAGCACUUCUUGUCAGCUUCCACAAGCAAUUUAUACAAGCUUCAAAUUACCAAAGCCAAGUUCACAACAACAACCAAUAUCAUUUGGUCCAUUUUCACCAACUUCUGUAUCUUAUACUGGAAUACAUCCACCAACACUUCUUCCAAAGACCACCAAUUCAAUAUCAUUACUUGCACCACCAACAUCAUCAGUUGCACUCUUAACAUCUAUUUCACCACCUUUCGUAUCGCUUCCUACUUCAGGAAAUAAUUUGACAUUACCCAUGCUAAACCAAUCUGUCGGCAUUGUCGAUCAAAAGUCAGUCGACGAUGAUUCCAUUUUACAUCAUUCCCCUACAGAAACUGGCCAACUUAAACAAGAGAUACAAGAAGGAUUCUAUGCAUUUCCUGAUAAUACACCUUGUCCUGAUGAACAAUGCAUGUUUUACGGUCAGCAUCAUUUCCAUUGCACCCAGCCUCGUUGCUUCUACGUCACAGACCGCAGUGACAUCCUACUUUUACAUUCUAAGGAUUUUCAUGACAACAUUGACAUCAUGGAAGGUUAUGUGUUUUAUGAUUGGAGUGUUGACUGUCAGUAUUCUAACUGUCCUAGCAACAAGGUAAACCGUCAUUUUCACUGUACUCGACCAAACUGUAACUAUUCCUUUGUGCGAUAUAGUACAAUGAGCUUGCAUGAACAAAAACAUAGAAAUAUUUCACCUACGCCAAAGAAACAGCAUCUUUCGUCGAGUGAUGAUGAUGAUAUCAAAAGUCCAGUAACGACAGUCUUAUCAUCCAGUGGUGUUAUUAGCAGCAUAAAUUUUUGUGCUGACAAUCAACCAAAAACAAGUGUUGUAAGAGCCUCUGGUACUUUUUAUCCACUUUCAGCAUUCUCAACAUCAAGUUUGACAACAGGAACUUCUGUUCCAACUUUCAGUUCUAACACUAUAUUCAGUGAAACUGAUAAAGGAAAAGAUAAAUCAUUCCCUUCAAUGUCACCUAAGCCUGAUCAUGCAUUGACAAAACUUUUACAGCAACCUGGUCCAAAUAUAAGAAAUUCAUUUCAAGGAACUGAAAAGCAUAUUCAAUAUGGACCUACAAUUAGCUGUGGAAGGCCAUUUUGCAAGCUGAAAAAGAAAGAACAUUUUCAUUGUAAUGUUUGCAAUCAGACAUUUUCCAAUUUCUUACGUUUAAAGCCGCAUGUAACAAAACAUUGUGGAGCAGUUAGUCCAGUUCCUAUAUACUGUGGCAGUGGAGGAAGUCCUGAAUCCCCACCAUCCGCUACACUCCCUGGAGAAGAUGGAUUAGACGAAAGAGAAGGAACAUCCGAUGAUGAUGAUGAAGGAAAAGAUGAGCAGUGUAAUAUUAUUCCUGACUCUUCGUAUCAUGAAGCAAACAUACUUGAUUCAAGUCGAGAUGAACUUAAAAUAGCGAUGCCUUCCCUAUACACUUGGCAGGCAAUGACAUCUGGUUCUCCUUCGAUCACUUUGCAAAGUCCACCUUCAUAUGCGAACAGUGUUGAAAUUUCAGAUGCACAUCUCUCAAAUUCCUUUAUUAACAGACCGAGUUCAUUUAUCACUCAAGCUACUUCUGAUGUUUCUAAAAAAGAAAAAUUUUAUGGUUCACCUCAAGUUGAUUUUAAUGCUCACAUGACUGAAACUGAUUGCAUGGACCAAAAUAAAUUAAUUCGCAAACGAACUUUUCCCGAGAAGCGUGAUGAUGUAUCAGAGCCAAAGAAGAUCAAAUUGACAAGUUUGCGAAUUUUAAAAGAUGAACCCGUACCUUCAGGUUAUGUUCGUUAUCGUUUUAACGAAGACUGUGGUUACUCGUUCUGUGGUUACAGGGAACAUCAAACCCAUUUUCAUUGUAUGAGGAAAGAUUGUGGAUAUAGUUUCUGUGACAAAACUAGAUUUGUGCAACAUACUGCUCGACACGAGCGUCUCGAUACUCUUAUGGGUGGUGAUUUUCAACAGUAUCGCUCAAAUGUCAAUUGUGGUCGUUCAGAGUGCAUAUAUGCAAAUACACUUGGUGCCAUGGCAAACAAAUCCUCCCACUUCCAUUGCAUCAAAUGUGAUUUUGUAUGUACAGAUACCAAUAAGGUGGUAGCUCAUCGUAGACAGCAUACCAAAAUGGACAGUAUCAGUGCUGCAGGAUUUGAAAAGUUCACCCAAUUACAAAACUGCAAUGUACAAGGUUGCAAUCAUAACCAGAGACAAACUCAUUAUCACUGCCUGAAAUGCCAAUAUGCAGUCUUAGGUCUAUCUCAAAUGUCAUCUCAUAAAUAUCGUCACAUGGAAUGAUUUCCAGAAUUUAAUUUCAGGGUAAUAUAAUCAGUUUUUAUGCAAAUUUUCAAAUAUCCACAUAGAUGCUUAAAAAUAAUUGUAAGUCAAUAUUUAUUUAUCAAAGCAGAAUAUUUACAUAAAAAACCAUCACGUCAAGAUCAGUGUUUCAGAAUUAUCUACUCACAAUUAUUAUUGAUUUUUACAAAUUAAGCAUCUAUUCUGUUACAAAAAAAUGAAACUAUUUUCAAAAUAGAAAAGGCUGAGGAAUAUAUCAGAAUAAGGAAAAUGAAUGCCAGAAUGUAAAUUCCAACAAAUCACCACCUCAGGACUAUAUUCCUCUUGGGGACAACUGUUGAUAUUUACCAGUUUAGGGUCCAUUAUAGUGUUAUGCAGUACAAAGUGCCUUUCAAGUGUAAUGUCCUGUUUCCAGCAUUCCUAUAUGACCUUUACAAGCACCAAGUGCUCCCAUGUAGUGAUUGUAUUAUAGAACAAAUCAUUGGAAGAUAAAAUAUUAUUGCAAAGCAAUAUAAGCAACCUCCUAGUAUCCAGUAUGUAUUAUGACAGAACUUUAGAUUUAGUUGAUUAUUAUUAUUAUACUAUUAUUAUUAUUAUUAUUAUUAUAUUAUUAUUAUUAUUAUUAUUAUAUUAUUAUUAUUAAUUAUUUUUUACAACCAAAAUGCAAGUUCUGCCAAUACUGUAUCAAGUAUAUAGUGUUAUUAUUUACGUGCCAAAAAACGAAGACGAUAAACUUCUUCCAUUGCCUGCCCAUAAAAUUUGCAUAAUGAAAUUCAUUUUGGCAGCAAAUGUUUGCAUUUUUAAAUUCUACUUAUGGAAGUGGAGCGUUUAUGGGUGGACAAAGUAUAUAAAGAAAGCAACCGAAGAUAAAUUCACUCUGUGAUAUUGUGACAGAAAUUAAAAGAGGAGAUACGGAGUACACUCCAAAGUAAUUGUGCUGAAAGAAGAAUUGGAAAUAACAAACUGAAAGAUAAUUAGAUCAUCUGUGCUAGUCACAACUGUAAGAUAUGGUCAUUGGUGAGUUAGCAUUAUCAUGCUAGGGUGAUGGUAUACCCAAAUUCCACAUUUUUUAGUGUUAAACACAGGGAUAUACUCUAGGUGUUUUGUGCCUUCCCAUUUCAUUGGUGUGUUGUGCAGAUAGUUUAGUCCGGGAACCUGUAUUUAUUUUACCAAAAAAGUUUACCAUGUUUUGUGAUGUAGGCAAAAGACAGUUGAAGAAAAUGUGAAUACUGGCAAAGAAAAGGGACUAUUUUAUAGACAAAAAACUAAAAUUUUUGUGUGUGAGCAUGUGUGUAUGCAUGUGAUUUCAUCCUUGUGGCAAUGUCGAUAUGUGCCAGGUUUUGUGUUUAGUAAUGUCUCUAAAAGAGACCAAUAUUCUUUCCACAAUAGAUUUAAAUAUUUACUGUACUGUAUGUUCAUUAUAGGUCACAGAUACUUCCAUCGAAUUCCAUAAAAUUAGUUCACAAGUGCCUUAGAUUCUCAUAUAUUUAAUUUACCAUAGAUCUUCAUCCCUUUAGAGACAAUCUAUCAAAUACAUAUCAAUUUUAUAUGAUUACUAAAGUUUAAUUACAAUUUCCCAAAGGCACUGUUUGCAAUAGUAUCAAUAAGUUCAAAAUUUUCAAUUUUAAAAAACCUCCAAAAUAAAAAACAAAAUAAAAAGUGGCAUUAAUUUUCUUGAAGGUAAUUUUGGUUCUGAUUUUUUUUUAUUUUUAACUCAAUUAGGUGCCAUAAAUUGAAACUUCAUGUACACAUACACAUUUGAAAUUCAAUUAGCCAAAAUUUUACAUUUGGUGAUUUCAUUUAAUGCCAAGAUUAAAAAAAAUUACAAAUUUUUUUCAAACUUUUCAUUAUUUUAAUAAAGGGAAUAGUGCCUUUUUAAAAUUUAUAUACAUUUUCAAAAAUUGCAUUAAGUUAUGGCCAGUAUAAUUAACGUAAAAAUUCGGAUGUACUCUUUUUUGACUACCAUUAAAUUAUUCUAAGCAUUUCUUUGCCUUGUAAGCAUUCUCCAAUACCCGAAACACUAAUUUACAUGCAUUAUUAUGGAAGUCUCUGCUUGUCUUAUUUGAUUUAGAAGUGAACCAUUUUUGUCACAUCAAACUGAUUUCAAAAUAAAUGAUCUGCAGUUGAUUUUAACUACUGCA